UUUAAUGUUGCAGCUCAGCGACCCAACCACCACCACCAUCAUCGCCACCCUCUAAAACCCCCCCUUCGCUUAAUCUUUCUCCUCCGUUCUUUCUCCCUCCAAAUGGACCACCACCACCACCAUUCUCUUCAAUGUCCACCACCACCACCAUCCCCUUCCCGUCACCGCCACCGCCGCCACUCUCCAGCGCCACGCAUUACUACAUAACGAACCUGGGUCUCGGCUACGCAAUCGCCAUCGCCUUCGGCUUUCUCGUCCUCUUCUCCUCCCUCCUUCUGGCUUCCUACAUCUGUUUCCGUCACCGUCAUAGUCACCGUCGUCAAAUCCGAAACCCUAACGGCGGUGGUUCUGAUAACGGCGUAAUGGUUCCAAGUAUAAUUUUCGUAGGCGAAGACAACAACGACGAUCAGAACGUCGUUAUUGGACUGGAUCAAUCUGUGAUCAACUCGUACCCUAAGUUUCUGUUCACGCGAGGGAUUCCGAAGGCGAUUGAUUCGGUAUGCGCGAUCUGUUUGUGCGAGUAUAGAGAGGCCGAGAUGAUGAGGAUGUUGCCUGAUUACUUGCAGUUUGUGAGGAACUGGUGUGCAGGAGCUUAUCCACAAGAGAGAUUCAACAACUGACAGCAGCUGUGUUUUCUCAUAUGGUCAUUUAUGAACAUGGCAAGUACGAUGAAUCUUACCCGUUAAAAGGCGUAGGAAGUACCUAGAAUCUUACCUGAUAAGUGAAAAGGACUUGUGUGGUAAGCUCUUGCCGGGUAAAAGAUGUUUAACAACAAUUCAUUUUAAUGGCCGUGAAUGUUACUCGACAAGAUAAGUGACAAUGGUAAAGCAUUUACCCGGUAAGUGUUUGAUAAACACCAUUAUGAAAAAUGUUCUCUUUGUGGCCUUUAUCUUUUUCUUAUGUUCUUUAUGAUUUCUUGAUACGUGAGGAUAUUCUUUGUUCAUGCACAGGUUGCGCAGUCUUUAGUGUUGCAUCAAUUUUUGCCUCCUCAUUGAAGGUACCCAAACUUUACUAGUACAUUUGUUUUUAUGAUACUUUUCUGGUGUUAGACCAGUGUUAAUGUUGUAAGUUAUUAUUGAUCUCUUGCAAGCCAUUUUUGGUUAAAACGAAAAUACCUCAAGAGAACCUUGAAUAGUUCAUUGUGAGAUUCCGAGACGUAAACCAAACCAAAUGAGCCAGUAUAUACCCCACUCGGAGGUGGGUAAGAUGUACCAAAAUUGAUUUCUUUUCAAAAGAGUAGAACAAUUGUUUCCUUUUCAAAAUAGUAGAACAAUUGUUUCGGCAAAAUCUCGGUAGCGAAAAGUGUGUGAAAUGUUUACUUUAAUUUCCCCUACUUGCAUGGGACCAACCCAUGAACGUUGGGGAGCUCAUCAAAGUGUACUUGCUUCCAAGUGUGGUGUAUUAUUUUGGGAGAAACUACAUGUAGGGGGAAAAAGCAAAGGAGAUGGAUAUGGGGAAUUGACUUAAAUAGCAAUUCCACCAAUUUAAAUUGGUCUCUUAGCCAUUCCU